UCCAAGUUAGACGGUUGAUGAGAAUGUUAAGAUCGCGCAGAUUCGACCGCCAAAGAUUCGACAUUACCGCAACAGUAUCUUACCAUAUACGAUUUUUGUAACAUUGGAACGAAAUUCAAUUCGAAUCGAAUCGUUCCACUCGUCAUGACAUUCGAUGGAAAAAAAACUGGAAAUGGGGGAGAGAGAUUUUCCUGUCGUGAUAUCUUGUGGUGCCUCGUCUUCUGUGGUUUCGGCAUUAAUUAUAUGCUCAGAAUAAAUCUGAGUAUCGCAAUUGUUGCUAUGGUUGUACCGAGGCCCAAAGUAGCCCAAGAGGCGGAGUGCGCUGUACGCGAUAAAAAUCUAGUAUCGAAUAUUUCCCAUUUAUUGCUCAACGAAUCUUCAUCAGUUACGCAGUUUCCCGAGGACCAAAACUACACAACGAUUCCCCUACCGGAGUUUAAUACUCCUGGAGAUGAAAACGUCACGUCAGAAGACAACCACACGGAGUACCACGAUCGUUUCUCUUGGGACGAAUACGAACAAGGCCUGGCCUUGGGUGGAUAUUUUUGGUUCAAUUGGGUCCUGCAACUACCAGGUGGGCUUAUGGCCCGCUAUUAUGGAACCAAAUUUAUAUUCGGAUGGGCAAAUCUUGCUACAGCUUUGCUGGGUUUCAUCGUGCCAUUUAGCGCAAGCUAUAAUCUCUACGCUUUCGUUUUCAUCAGGAUGCUGCAAGGCCUGGUUGCGGGUGUGAUUUGGCCUUCCAUGCACCACAUGACCGCUAAAUGGAUACCUCUGAACGAAAGAAGCAGAUUCAUUAGCGCUUAUCUUGGUAGUUCCGUGGGUGCAGCGAUUACUUAUCCACUCUCAUCAACGCUAAUUAGCUGGUGGGGAUGGGAGUCAGUUUUUUACGUAACAUCAGUUCUUGGAAUCCUCUGGUAUAUCGCUUGGCAUUAUCUUGCUUUCGACACACCCCAAGAACAUCCCCGAGUCUCAAUCGCCGAGAGAACUUACAUUUUGGAAAAUCUCGGAGACUCAGUGGACGAAAGUUCCCGACCCAUCCCUUGGAAAGCUAUUCUAACAUCUGUUCCGCUCUGGCUCACAGCUUUCGCCCAAUUGGGAGGCUCGUGGGGGCUUUUCACCUUCAUGUCGGAAGCACCUUCUUAUUUCAAUUACGUCCACGGAUGGAAUAUCGGCGCGGCGGGGGUGUUUUCUGCCACCCCUCAUUUAGUUCGAAUGGUAUUCUCGUACGCCUUCGCAAGCUUGGCCGACUGGAUCUUGAGAACGAAAAAAAUGAGUCUUACGCAUUUACGAAAAUUUUCUAGUGUGAUAUGCAACGUCGUGCAAGCCCUUUUACUGGUAGGUUUGGCGUACAGUGGAUGCCACCCGAUAGUAGCGAUAGUAUUCUUGACAGCAGGUACCGCUGUGAGCGGUGCUCUUUCAUCCGGAACAUUGGCUACUAGCGUUGAUCUCAGUCCUAAUUAUGCCAGCAUACUUUUAGGCAUAGUCAAUACAAUUACGGUAACAAGUGGUCUCAUCUCUCCCAUGAUCGUCGGAGUUUUGACGAAUAAUAACCAAUCGGUCGAACAAUGGCGCAUUGUGUUCCUGAUCAUCGCAGCGAUAACUCUCGCAACUGGUAUCCCCUAUUUAAUUUUUGGAACCUCCGAUUUACAACCUUGGAAUAGCACGAAGAAUGAAGAAACAGGCGAAGAACUUCAGAAGCUCAGAUUUGAACUGGAGGAUAAAGAUCGCACGAACGAGCCAGAUAACAAUACUCAUCUGCUGGGAAAUCAAGCAAAUUUUAUAGCAGUUCCAGAACAAGUCAGAUGACAGGAAUAAAAUCGUAUCUACAGAAUUUUAGAAAAUUCUCAAUUUCUUACGUCUAUAUGCCUAAGAUAUCGAUAAUAUUCAUGGAAAAAAUCUGACGUGUUUUGAGAUUCGAUCACAACGUAACUGCAGUUUAGUCAAAUAAAUAUCCCACAACUCCCGGCUGCAUUGUUGCCUAGAUAAAUAAAAUUCUAUGACGAUAUUAUUAUAUGAAUUAAAUGUUGAAACUUUCGGUGGAUUUUCUCGAUUUUUUAUUAUUAGUCUGUAAUCAAAUAUAUAAAAAACAAUUUGGAAUUCAUGAACUUUUAAUUUCUUGUAUCUCUGAGGGUGGGUUUUUUUACGAACGUUGGAAAACCUUCUCGCUACUUCUGAAGCAUUAUAAGAUG